AUGAGCUCUGUUGGAGGACACGUCAAGCCUGAAGAUCGGGGUGCUUACCUAGCGGCAAAGAGGGAGGCUAAGAAGCCAGUCUCCAAGGCGAAGUCGGACCGCUACAAGGUUGUGUACGACAUGCUUGAUACCAGAGAAGGCGAGCGUGCAGUGUGUCGCUUAGUCGGAGCACGUCAUCGCUCAACGUUGGAGAAACGUAUGAAACGUGAAUGUAUGGAGCACACCAAAUCGUUAAGAGAGCUGAUGGCGCCGUUCUGA